AUAUAAUUCCCAAGCGAAACACACAUCCGAUAUCACCAUUUUGCAUCGUCUUCGAUUUCAAGAAACCGACGAAAUGUCUGUAGCAAACCUGAGCACCUCAGUCGAAACCGACCAGCUGAUGAUUCUUUGCAGAGUAUCAUUGAGAGGGGAUGUGCCUGCCUUAGAAGCAUUGCUUCAAGAAGAUGAGCUCACUCUUGAUAGGGCCUCAGUUACAUGCUUCCAUAUUAGAAAACAACCACGAAAGAGGGGUAUAUAUUUCAAUAUGAGAAAACAUCUCCAAAAAAGAUGAUGAGUUUGUUAAUGCCUCAGAUGACAAUGGCAACACUAUUUUGCACCUUUCUGCAAUCCUCAAACAAGUGGAGACUACAAAAUACUUGCUUUUGGAGACGAGCAUCAAAACAAACGCAAAUGCCUUAAACAGAAAUGGUUUUACUGCACUGGAUGCUGUAGAGCAUAGCCCAAGGGAUUCAAAAGGCCUGGAGAUACAGAUAAUUCUUCUUGAAGCUGGUGUUCACAGGAAUAGAGUCCGCAAUAAUCUCCCAUCAACAUUAUCAUCAGCAUCAGCAGCAGCAGCAAAUGGAUGCUAUUUCAUUAGAAAGUGCAAAAUCAUGGAUAGAUACUUCAAAAAUGUUGGCAAGCGGUUGGAAGAGGCACGCGGAAAUAUACUUGUAGCAGCUACUGUGACAGCUAGCAUAACUUUCCAAGCUGGGAUAAACCCACCAGAUAUUAAAGCUGAUGGGCAAAAGGACACAAAUUUAGUUGCUGUUCCACCAGUUGCUCCUGAAAAUUUUAUUGACGGUCUUCAAUAUUUUACCCCCUGGGGUUCAGAUUAUUUCUGGUACUACAACACCGUCGCUUUGAUGCUCUCCCUUAUAUUGAUCCUGUUGAUGCUUAGUGGAAUCCCUUUCAGAAAUAAAUUUUCAAGAAUUUUCCUAGUAAUAAUCAUGUGCUUCACUGUCCUAUACAUAUCACAAGCCUAUUUCUUUGCUGUGGCGUUGCACAUUCCGGAGAAGUAUCUGUGGCAUAGUGCAGCAGGGCUAUCAUUGUUGGUAAUUGCAAUUAUAGUUCCUUUAUUGUUUUACUCAAUUAUAUUGUUACAUGUCGUUGCCUCUCUGAUCUACCUGGUUCGGAUGAUCUGGAAAUGUAUCACUCGAUCAAAAGUCAAAAUGAAUCGGGUUUGGUUAGGGGUGCUUUUUAUAGCUGGCAUGAUUCGGUUCACAGUGAAGAAGGUUCACAGGUUUUGGUGUAAGAUUAGGAACAAGAAUAGAGAAUUGCAGGAACAGGAAAACACAACCUCGGGAGUACAAAUGAAUAGCUUGAUUUAGGACUGAGCAUGUUUCAUCAAGUUUGAAAUAUUGCAUGAUUAGCUCAUUAUAGUACUGCACUACUAGAAUUUUCUGUAAUACUAUUAUGAUAUUAUGAGUUUGAAGUGUAUCUAAUUAUUGUGGUAUGCAUAAAUUAUUAUGAGUGUAUUUAU